UAUUUACUACGAUUCCCGAUUCGUAAACCGAUGAACACGACAACUUAAGACGCCGAUUCCUUCUCCCUCCUGCCCUUGCCGACGACCCCCAACGAAACCGCCGUGCGCCACACGGUUCCGGCGGGUUUCGCAUCGUCGGGCCUCGAGCUCGCUUUUCUUUGGACUGCUCUCUCUCUCUCCUCGUCAGGACCCUCGAGUUCCUUGCCCUCGCGCUCGCUGCUCACCUGGCGUAGGGCAUCCUGGGUAUUUCUAUUUCAUGGAGAGCCAGUGAAUAAUGUUGUUUUACUAUGAUCUUCUAAAGAAUCAGUUGCUGAUGAAAGGCUUCAAAAUAGGAUUCUUAUUCAUUUUCUAUGAUAUCAUUGCAUAAAAUGAGCUCCAUAAGAAGCAGGAUCCUUUUCUUGCAAACACUUCAAGUGAAGAAACUUAUCUUCUUCUUGUACUAAUAUAUUUGAUCAUAAUAAUAUUUAAUGGAGUGCAAUAAGGAAGAGGCUCUAAGAGCUAGGGAUAUUGCUGAAAAGAAGAUGCAAAAUAAAGAUUUUACUGGUGCACGGAAGAUUGUUCAAAAAGCUCAGAAUAUCUUCCCAGACCUUGAGAAUCUUGUUCAGAUGCUUACUGUUUGUGAAGUUCAUUGCUCUGCCGAAGUUAAAGUUGGAGGAGAGAUGGAUUGGUAUGGAAUUCUGCAACUGGAGACAACAGUGGAUGACUCUUCUAUCAAGAAACAGUUCAGAAAGCUUGCGCUUCUACUUCAUCCUGACAAGAACAAAUUUGCAGGUGCUGAGGCUGCCUUCAAAUUAAUUGGAGAAGCAAAUGUUGUUCUGUCUGAUAAGGGAAAACGACAUCUUUAUGAUAUGAAAAGGAAGGUUUCCCCAAGACUUGACCCAUCCAGGCAACCUGCUCCACAGAUGAAGGACUAUUAUGCUAGAAAUAAUUUUGGUACUGUGAACUUUAGUGGCGUCCAUAAUCAACAGCAACAACCUUCGGCAUUUGCUAUUAAUCAGACUUUUUGGACAAUUUGCCCUGUUUGUGGCAUGAGAUACCAGUACUACAAGAACAUAUUGCGUAAGUCCCUCCGCUGUCAGAACUGUCUGAAAACUUUCAUUGCAUAUGAUCUAAGUGCAAACAUUGCAUCCGGUAUGGUAAACUCUAGCCAACCAUGGAACACCUUUAACCAUCAUGUGCGUCAGCAGACAAAUAAUAUCAACCAGCCAAGUCAAUCUGGAAAUGCCUCUUCCAAUAGGGGGUUUAAGGGAAGUGUUGAUGGGGGACCAUAUAACCACGUUGAGCAUGGAGGGCAACCCAAUGUGAAAAUAAAUAAGGUUAAUGAUAAUGGUGAUGCAAGGAGGGAUGCCAAAUCUCCAAUGGCUAAGGCUCCCAAACCUUCAACGGCUAAGGCUAAUCAGAAGAGAAGCAGGAAGGUGGUUGUAGAGGUUAGUGAGUCUGACACUGCCAGUAGUGAUAGUGAAGAUGAGACUGUUCAGGUAAAUGACCCCCAAACUCAGCAUUUUUCUUCAUCAUGUGCACCAACCCGACGGUCAACAAGGCACAAGCAGAAUAUCAACUAUAAUGAAGUUGGAAGUGAUGAAGAUGCCAACGAUUUUCCUACUUCUCUUGGUUAUAAGAAGCCGAGAGGUGAGCCAUCAGGAAGUUCUGAUAAAGUUAUUCCUGGAUUUAAUGCCAAUGAUUUCACUGAGAAAAAAUUCAAGAACAACAACCAAGAUGAAUCCUUUAGGGAAAAGGCAAAUGUAAGUAAUCUGGUCAAUAUAGACACUGGAGAGAAGUCAGGGUCUGAAAGAGUGCUUCCUAAUGCAUCUAGCACUACGGCCACACCUGAUCAUGGUUCAUUCUCGUAUCCUGAUCCAGAAUUUUUUGACUUUGAUAAGCUUAGGCACACAAGUGAGUUUGUGGUUGAUCAGAUAUGGGCUCUUUAUGAUAAUGUUGAUGGGAUGCCUCGCUUUUAUGCACGAAUUCAUCAAGUUUGUAGCACAAAUUUCAAGAUACAAUUUACUUGGCUUGAGUGUAAUCCCUUGAAUGAUGUUGUGACUACUUGGUGUUAUGAGCAAUUGCCAAUUGCUUGCGGGAAUUACAUACUAGGUUCCACAGAGUCCUCUGAAGACCGGUUGAUGUUUUCUCAUUCUGUAUCUUGGGAAAAAGGGAAAAAAAGGAACUCAUAUAAUAUAUAUCCGAGAAAGGGGGAGGUCUGGGCUCUCUUCAAGGAUUGGAAUAUUGGGUGGAGCUCUGAUGCUGACAAACAGAGAGUUUACGAAUAUGAGGUUGUAGAAAUUCUCUCAGACUUUGCAGCAGGAACUGGAAUUGGAGUGACACCCUUGGUAAAAAUAGAUGGUUUUGUGAGCCUGUUCAUGCGAUCAGAAGAGAAGGUUGCCGCUUCAUAUGUGAUAUCACCAGAUGAAAUUCUGAGAUUUUCUCAUAAUGUUCCUUCUCACAGGUUGACUGGGACUGAAAGGGAAGGAAUUCCUCAAGGGUGUUUGGAACUUGAUCCUGCAUCUCUUCCUACCAACUUUUUGGAAUUAUUUCCUUCUGUAAGUCCAUGCAGUGGCAGAAGCAGAACUGGGAAUUUGAAUGAGCCUAGCAGUUCAGGCAUCAAACCGACCACUUAUGAGAAGCCUGGAUGCAGUGGAGUCCAGGGAACAAAGAAUAGCAUAAUUCAGAACUUUUCCCAGGACAAUAUAAAGGGUAUUGAUGACAUGGGACAAUAUCAAGCAGGUGAAAGGCAGCAACAAGAUUUGAGGCAUGCCCAAAAUUAUACAAAACAGCCUAAGAUAGAUACAGUUGAGAAAGAUGAGUUGGGUACUGGGCACAUCAAUGCUUCUGAAAAUGAAAAUUUGGCUAGUAUUUCAUCUGCAAACAUUUCUGAAUAUCCUGGUGCAGAAUUCCAUAAUUUUGAUGAUGAAAGGACAUUUGAAAAUGUCCAAUGCGGUCAGAUUUGGGCAUUAUAUAGCGAUGUUGAUAAGUAUCCCAAUUACUAUGGGUUGGUAAAGAAAGUUGAGAUAGAUCAUAAAGUGCAUGUUGCAUGGCUUGAAGCUUGCCUUAUGACAGCAGAGCAGGAACGUUGGACAACUGAGGGGUUGCAAAUCUCCUGUGGAACGUUUAAAGUGGAGCAUCAUCAUAUUGUGGAAUUUGACAACACAGGUAUUUUUUCUCAUCUUGUACAGGCCAAACCAAAUGCUAAGAAGGACCUGUAUGAUAUUUUUCCUUGUCAUGGUGAGAUUUGGGCUGUUUAUAAGAAUUGGCAUGCUGGAUGGAGACGAUCAGACUGGGAGAAAUGUGAAUAUGAUGUGGUAGAGAUUUGUGAAUGUACUGAUGUGGCCAUUAAAGUCAGAACUUUAAUGAAGGUAAAUGGUUACAGAGCUGUUUUCAAAUACGACGUGGAAGCAAGGGCUGGGACCAUGGACAUAUCUGUUUGUGAAUAUGUUAGAUUCUCUCAUAGGAUACCUUCAUUCAAACUGACAAAUGAGAGAGGAGGGAAACUUAAUGGUUGUUGGGAGUUGGAUACCGCAUCUGCACCUACUAUUCUCUACUGAUACCAGACAAUGCAUAAUACAAUAGAUGUUGGCUUAAUUCCUCAUAGCUUAUUAAGCAUCUUCCAGUGCAUGGCAAUUAUCUGAUUCUGGACCUUCGCAGAUUUCUAUGAGAAUGACAGCGUAAGAAUCAUCAUUCAUUUGGGCAUGCAUCACGUCUCUGUAUUCACUGUGGGGUUUUCAGGCCUAAAAGCUAAGUCACCAUGUUUACUAGUAGUUUUGGUGUUUGAUAUCAGCUGCCAGUGUUGCAGGUUGCAGAUUCUGUUUUUUGAUCGAUACACAAGUUGAAUUAACCUGCCAUUCUACCUCCUUUUUGUCUGUUCUCGGUGAUCCUUAAAACUCCAUCAGUGUUGUUUGACUGUAAAUAUUUAAUGUUGGUUGUAGGCCUCAGUAAAUGGUUUUAGCUCCAAGCUUCUCUUGACGUACUUAAUGUCACAUAGUUAAUCUGAAGGAUGGCACUUAUCACUUCGUCUUGAGCAUGGUAUUAUUCCUAUAAUCUAUCUGUCGAAUCAAA